GUUCUGGUCAGUGAGGUGGAACUCGUAACUGCUUUCCUUCAAAAUGUUUGAUGUUCUUGAUAAGAGAAAAUGAGUGUUUAUUGCAUCCCAGUGAUGGAUAGAGUUAAAGCAUAGAGACCAUACAGCUUGUCUUCUUUUUGAAGGCCAGCAGAGAAAUACACAUAAAACCUGUGCUGCAACAACAAUGAGGGAAAGAAUGAAGAAAGAAGCUAUUUACUGAUGUCUCCCCAUGGCAAUAUCACCUUCUUCAUCCAGGAUAUCCCUCACAAAGAGGUAUUUGCUGCUUCAGGACAGAGAAGUGUCUCCUAGGGCUACCUGCACUUUGUUUCAAGGCUACUUCCAUCUCCUGUUGGCUCUCCCUGGCAGUCUUAGUUUUGCCCUUUUCCUUCCUCAUUUUCCUCCUUUCACUUCACUUUCCCCCACCCGCUUGCCUGCCCGGUUACUUUGCUCAAGCCCCUCCCUCCAGCUGCCCCUGCAGCCAUCACUCUCUAUCAGCUGCUUCCUGCUGCCCCUCCUUGUGCAGCUCCCUGUCUCAAAUUUGUCACCCAAUUUUCUGAUACUUGUAUUUCCAGCUAUUCAAAUCACCAAGUGCAGGGUCAUCCUUUACCUCCUCCCAGCACUGUCCUCUCCUCUUCGCACUCCCAACAGCUGCUAAGCUUUCUAAAGCUGCUUAGGUGUGCCAUUCCCCUCCCUUGGAAAGGCAGCAUGGCCCUCAGAAUGCUGCAGCUAGAGGAGGGCUAUUCUUGCCCCAAGGAUGAUGGAUUUACCUCAGUACUGCAUCAGCUGUGAACCCAGCUGCGUUCUCUCUCCCUAGCAGCAGCCUGGUUUCAUCUCUGAGGCAUGGUGCAUAGAGUAUUUCUCUGUUUCCCUUUUUUCCUUCUUCUUUGCCACUUCCUGGAAAGUUCAGCAGUGAUGGGAGACAAGUGCUUGCUGUUCCUGCUCACCACUAGUUUUUAGCAAUUAAGGAUCCCUCAGUACUUUUGCUCUACCAGCUGGGACAGUGGACUCCGGAAAUAGUGCUUCCACUGUUGCCUUACUGGGAGACCUGAGAUUAAGUCAUGUCUCUGUCUGUGCCAAGUUUACACUAUUUUCUGAUAAACUACUUUGAAAUCUUCCUGGAAGGAACUGCGUACUGAAAUUCAGGCUGAGCUUGACACUCAGGGUGCCAUUCAUUUACGUUGAUUCAUUGAUUCAUUUACCUACCCCUUCCUUCCCCUCACCGCUGUCCCCAGUUUCCUCAGAUAGAAACGUAGUUACCACACGUCUUUUGUGUUGCAUGAUUCAACUUGUGAUGUGUGAAGAAGGGGCAACCGCUUAGGAAAUGUCAUCUGUAAAAAAGGGGGGAUUCCACCUGCAGUGCUUUCCACAAUAGAAAGUAACAAGAAUUGUUGCUUUCACUGUGAACAUGUCUGGUGAGAACAAACAUUACUGAAAGGGACUUCACAAGGACAUCAGUACUUAACAGGGGGAGCUAGAAAUAAGCAGGAAGAUAGGGAGUGUACAUGGCUUCUGCUGGCACUCUUCUGCUCUGGCUUGUUGCACAAGCUUUUUUUGACUGACAAAUUCACCUAUAAGUCUGCCAGAUUGUAUCAGGGAUGGAAAAAGUCUGUUUGGUCUCCACAGGUGAGGGUUUUGUCAUUGGAAGCCCAGGACUGUAUGCCCUUUGUGAACUUGUAUAAUCUGAUUUAAGUGCCUCGUGCUUCACAUGGCAAAGCUGCCAUCACACAUUAACUGCUGGUGUAAUUCACCUGGGCAGCAGGUGAAACACAAUUCAUCUCUGAUCUCUCUUUUGCGUCAUUUCUAAGUAGUAUCACUGUUGAGCUUAUGUUUGACGUUUUUAUAACAAUGACAUGAAACAGAUUUAUAAUACACAGAGAAAUGCUCUUACAUUUUAUUUUAGCUUCUCAGAGAAGACUGGAAACUGAAAAAAAUUCAAACCUGAGCUAUGAGGGAGGUUGGUGGUGACUGAUCCUGCUUUUGCACGUCAUCUGGAAACUUCUGGAUCCUUCCACAACGCAGCAAUGCAUGACACAGGGGCAAUGCCAACAGCCAUUCAGAGAAACCUUUUGCAAUUUACUGUGAUUUUUUUUCUAGUUUGUUUACUAAGCCAAGACAUUGAACUACAUCUUCUUCAUAGCCUUCCCUGAUAUCAUGUCCAAAAGAGUUUCUUACAUUAUCUGUCUUUCUCAGAAAUGGAAUCACUUCUCUUACUUAACACCUUCAAAAUGCUUGCAUGUUUUCACUGUUAUUUCCCUAACCUCAUCUCACCCCACUUUUAAUUCCCUCUCUCCUGCUGUUUGCCUACAGAACAGUCUAUGCUACCACAGUUUGUCACCUUGGCAGUAUCAGAGGGCCACCAGGAUCUGAGCUUGUUUUGAAAAAUCAAACAGCAACACAACACUGGAACUACUAGACGCUGCAAAUGCUUGAAGAACUUCUCCUUCUGGCAGUCAGCUGAUGCCUCGAAGCAUGAGGUGUGAUAACUUUGGUAUUAGUGGAACGACAGGUUACUCAUUGUCAUUAUGGUAGCUAGCAACACAGAGCAGAGGAUGGUGGAAAAGCCUUUGGAAAGUAAGAAGUGUCUGCGAUUCAGCAGCUGCUGUGACUCACAGGGGGAUUUCACAUGGAAAUGACUGAAAGCAGACACAGAAGAAAGGCCUUCCAAAGCACUGGCUUGUUCAGAUAGUAUGAAAGAGCAGAGAUAAAGAUAAAACCCUUCCAUGAGGGCAGCAGAGCAACUGGGAAAGCAGCCCGUGCCCUCAGGGUGUUAUAUGAAUGGAAAAGAACUUGGCUCUGUAUUCAGAGCCAGCGUGCUUUCCUCCAGCACAUGAGCCACGGAUUGUAAUGUCAGAGCAGUAACACUCACUGUGCUGGGGAAGGCAGUGCCUCAAGAAGCAGCAAAGCACGUGCAUGGGGUGUGUGGAUGCUCCAAUGCAUGACUUCAAAGCAGACGUGCUGUGUGUGAACGUGCGGGUACAGAUGUGCCUGUAUGAUUUCUGUGCGUGUCUGUGCGAUGUGAGAACACCGGCCACGCUGGGUGGGUGAGCGAGGACCGCCUCUCCUCCUGGCUGUGUUGUCUGGCCGAACCUUGGCAGCAGGAGGAAAUCCCACCACUCUGAAGAAAUCAGAAACACGAAGCUCUUGGUUUUUAGUGCUGCCAGUCAGGUUUCUGUUCCCCCACCCACUGGCAUGAGGCAGCUCUGUCGUGAGGAAGCACGCUGUAACCCUGUGGCGUUCCUCUGGUCACGGUUAGUCAUCGUUUCCCCACAUGACAAAUCCGUUGAGUUCCCAAAACCGCCCUGCUGGCUGUCAGGCAGUGGCGUUGCGGUUACAGGUGCAGCCGCCCGAAUGGUGCCUGCCUCUCGCGUUGCUCCAUCACAGCAACCCAGCUGCACGCUGGGAGCGUUUUGGGAUGACUCCUCUCUUCUCCCCAGGAGCGAGCAGUGUUGGGGGGGCUCUGCCAGUUGCCCUCCCAAACACCGGCGGCACGCUUUACGAGGACAGCUUCCUAUGCGCGCUAUCGCCCACCCGCAGGCUGCGCUCCCUGCAGGUCCCGCUCUCUCAGCCCCGCCCGGUUCUCACUGGCGCCCCGAGGCGGGAGCCGUGCCGCCCCGCGCCUGCAUGUAAAUCAGCGUGGAACGGCGGGUGCUGAUUGGCUGCGGCGCACAGUGGCGGCGCCACCCUCGGCGAGGACAGGAGCCGGUGGUGGGGGGCUGCAGCCAGGUGCGCUGCUGGAACCGUCGCUCUGCCGGUUCGCUCGCUACGCUUUCUGCUUCAUCGGCAGCACCAUGACCGUCACACGGCUGGACCAGGGGCAGCGCUACCGCCCGCGGAUGGCCUUCCUGAAAAAGAUUGAAGCACUCAUAAUGGAGAUGCAGAAUCCAGACACGGGCAUCAAGAUGCAGACUCAGAGGGUGAUGAUCACAAACAUCCCACAUGCUGUGGCAGGUAAUGAUAUAUUUCAGUGGAUUCUCCAGCGUUUACAGAUCACUAAUGAAGAGGCAUUGCACCUGGGGGACCUGUUUGUCAAAUAUGGCUACAUCUACCCUCUUCAGGAGCCAAAGAAUCUCACCCUCAGGACAGAUGGCAGCCUGUACAGGUUUCAAACCCCAUAUUUCUGGCCCGCACAAAACUGGCCUGCUGAUGACACCGACUAUGCAAUUUACCUAGCAAAGAAGAACAUUAAGAGGAAAGGGAUUUUAGAAGAAUAUGAAAAGGAACAUUACAACAUGCUCAAUAAAAAAAUAAACUACAAGUGGGAUUUUGUUAUUAUGCAGGCCAAAGAGCAGUAUAAGGCAGGAAAGGAGAGGAAGAAGGCGGACAGGUACGCGCUGGAUUGCCAGGAGAGAGCCUACUGGCUUGUGAACAGAACUCCUCCCGGCAUGCUGGAUGUCCUAGAAUAUGGGAUAGACCGUGUAACAGAUCCCCGUGAAGAUAAGGUAAACCAGAAAAAAACAAUGGAUGUUUAUAGGAGAGAGAUUAUGUACUAUCAGCAGGCCAUCAUGAAAUCCAGAGUGAAAUCUUCUGUCUCCCUUGGAGGGCUUGUGAAGUACUCUGAGCAGUUUCUCUCCAAUGAUCCUAUCCUGUCUGGAUGUCUCCCUAGCAACCCCUGGAUAACAGAUGACCCUGAUUUCUGGGAUCUCAAUGCAAAGCUAGUGGAAAUCCCCACCAGAAUGCGUGUGGAGCGAUGGGCUUUUAAUUUCAGCGAGCUGAUACGGGACCCAAAAGGUCGGCAGAACUUCCAGCUCUUCCUGAAGAAGGAGUUCAGCGGAGAGAACCUGAGUUUCUGGGAAGCCUGUGAGGAUCUCAAAUAUGGAGACCAGUCCAAGGUCAAAGAAAAAGCAGAAGAAAUUUACAAGCUCUUCCUCGCUCCAGGAGCUAGGCGCUGGAUUAACAUCGAUGGCACAACAAUGGGCAUCACGGUGAAAGGCCUCAAGCACCCUCAUCGCUAUGUUUUAGAUGCUGCUCAGACCCACAUUUACAUGCUGAUGAAAAAGGACUCCUAUGGCCGCUAUUUAAAGUCUCCAGUAUACAAGGAAAUGCUGGCCAAGGCUGUUGUGCCACAAGAAACUGUCAAAAAAAGUUCCAAUUUCCCAUUUGGACGCCGUCAUCUCCGCUCCAGCCCCAGCCCCAUCAUCCUGAGGCAGCAGGAGGAAGAAGCCAAAGCCAAAGAAGCUGCUGCCACCGUGGACAUCACACAGGUCAUGAGCAAGCUGGAUCGGAGGAGCCAGCUCAAGCAGGAGCCUCCUAAGUAGGCUCUGAGCCCUGCAGGGCACAGCGCAGGGAAAAGACAAGCUGAGGCUGGUGUUGAGCUUCGUCUCCCUUUCCUGAAGGUGUCAGUGCUGCUUUAGGUUUCCCAGGCCAGCUCUGCCAGCAGCCUGCUUCCUGCAUGUUGCCAUGGCUUCUACAGCAGAUGUCACUUCCCAGGCACAUCAGGCAUGGGAAUGCUCCUGGAGGCCAGGCUGCUGGCUGUGCUGGAUUCACAGCAUGGGGCCAAAAAUCCCUCUGUGCACACCAUGACAGGGGAUGCCUUCUAGCUGCCCCAAGCCCCAGGAGACUGGGCAGCCUGUGUGCCUCUCCCUGUCUUCUGCUCCUCUAGCAGCUGGGAUGGCACAAGGUAGAGUGAAGCUGUGCUGUCUCAGUCCUCUGGGUUGAUACCGACCUUCUUUGGAGCAGCAGUUGAAGACUCUCCAGGGAGCAGAGCAAAGCACCCUAUGUCAGAAUGUGUCCAUGCUGAUAUCCAUCCUCUCAGCAGGAUGUGCACCCUCCUAUGGUGUGCAUCCACUGAGAGGAGUGGUCACAUAAAUUCUCCAUCUGCUCUAAGGCACUUCAAGUAUCCUGCACCUCCAAAUCAGUGCAGAGGAGCUGUAGGCAGAAGAGUGGGAUAGGCUUCUUGUGAGAACAGUACAAGGAGCAUUUCUGAAAGUUUGGAUAUCUCUUUGAAUUGUAAUGACAAUCCCAAGUCCCCCUGGCACACUGGAGAUCAGUGAAAAGCUCUGCUCUCUCUCCAUUACCCUGCAGACAAUGAGCUAGGUGUGCAGGUUUAGAGCUGUCUCUCACAGGAGCUUGCAGGAGUGCUUGAGAGAUGCUACCAUAUUUUUGUGUUUCUUUUAUCAGGUCCUUUCUGCCUCUUGUCUUGUCUUUUUCCUGCUAUUCUAUUUUCUGUAAAAUAAAAAAUAAAAAAAUAACAGGAGGUAGUUCCAGUUGUCACUGGUUUGUAGCCCAGAGGCAAAGAAGAGCCAGGGCAGAGGUGUUAAGAGCUGGUUUCAAGUUUAAGUAGUGAUUUUUUGUUGUUCUUUUUUUUUUGUUUCUUUUUUCCCCAUUUCUACUGUCUCUUUUGCUCCUUAGAAUAGGAAAUCUAAACAAUUAUGUUAGCACUAAAGAGCUUGGGGAGAUUCCAGGCUUUGCUGGGAAACCCCUGCCUGUCUGGACUAGGCUGAUGAUUAUCAGAACUGGGAAGAUUCCUGCAAAGCUCAGUAAAGGCAGUGGGGGUGGGGAGGCAGAAAAUCUUGUUUGUUAGAAGCUAGGGGAAGCAGAGGAACUGGAUGGGAAGAACUGAAGUACAGGAAAGUUCUUAACUCCUCUUGGUAUUGUUCAUCCAUUUUUACAACUGGAAUGAAAUUGCAGAAAAAUGAAGGUAGAGAAACCUGGGUGUGAGUGGAAACUCUUAGGUGCAUAUAGACCAACUUCUCACUGAGAGGGAGCCAGCCAGGCCUUCGUUUUGCAGCUGAGCUAUGGGAGAUUUUCAUGACCUUGUUAACCUAAUGGUGAUAUAACGUUUUUAGAGGAAUUGAAAUCAAGUUGUACGAGUCUUUUGCUCUGAUGUCAAGGCCUGCUUGCUAAAUCUCUGUUCAUGUUCCCAAAGGAAUCAAUGGUAAAUUUUGCAGUGCCAUAAGGGGGAGCAGACUCAGAUGUAAAUGCUUAAAACACAAGGCUUGUUUACACGAGGUACUGAGCACCAUCAGCUUACCUUGACAAGAGAGCACUGAAGAGCUUGGCAGGGUUGGUUUAAAGCUGUUUGGAUGUGAUGAGCUCUACACUCUUCAGAGCUUGUGUAACAUGGAGCACUGAACGUGUUGGGAUUGCCAGUAGUAGUAACAUAUGGAAGAUCAAGUCAGGAUAUCAAUAAUAAAUAACAAAUCUGUGUGUUCCA